CCAGAGCUGGCUCCAAGUGUCCAUCCCACAACUUGGGGCUUUCAGUUCCUACAACCCAACUUGAGAGUCGGGGAAUGGCCCCAAGCUGCUAAGUCUCAACAUUUGCUCAAGUUUCCUAGUUAUUAGUGUUAAGUCUGUUGUCUACUCUGCCUUCCCGUUUUUGUCCUGACAUCAUUGGUCUUUGCGCCCGUUACUUGGCCUUGAUUUCUGGCUUGACUCUUCUUUGACCUUAAAAUGAAUCAACGGUUCGUUCCAUCAUCCAACUCAGAAGAAAACUGGUUUUCUUCCAGUGGUUCCACUGAUGCCAAAGAAGACUCAUCUUUGAGAUUUAGAAAGUGUCUUUCAUUCACUAUUGCUUCAGAAGUGCUCUGCAUCCCAAAAGCUCUGAGCUUAAAUCUUUCCCAUCACUCUUAAACCCUGGCUCAGUGUUCAAAAAGGACAGAAGUGUGGAUUUUUCAGUUUUCUUAUUUGGGGUGUUUUUCUAGUUUGAGAUUCGAUACAUCAUAAAUUGGUCUGAAAUGGCUGACUUUUUAUCUAAAUAAGUUACUGACAUCAUUCCAGAAGCUCUGCAUCCAAGUGCAUUUGGCAUUGGUGCCUGAGAUUAAUUAACUCAGGAGGUCAAUAUGAUGCUCAACUCUACUACUGAAGAUGGUAUUAAAAGAAUCCAAGAUGACUGUCCCAAAGCUGGAAGGCAUAAUUACAUAUUUGUCAUGAUCCCUACCUUAUACAGCAUCAUCUUUGUGGUGGGAAUAUUUGGAAACAGCUUGGUGGUGAUUGUCAUUUACUUUUACAUGAAAAUGAAGACUGUGGCCAGUGUUUUUCUUUUGAAUUUAGCACUGGCUGACUUAUGCUUUUUACUGACUUUGCCGCUAUGGGCCGUCUACACUGCUAUGGAAUACCGCUGGCCUUUUGGCAAUUACCUAUGUAAGAUCGCAUCAGCCAGUGUCAGUUUCAACCUCUAUGCCAGUGUGUUUCUACUCACAUGUCUAAGCAUUGAUCGCUACCUGGCUAUUGUUCACCCAAUGAAAUCCCGCCUCCGGCGCACAAUGCUUGUGGCCAAAGUCACAUGCAUCAUUAUUUGGCUACUGGCUGGCUUGGCCAGUUUGCCAACUGUAAUCCACCGAAACGUAUUUUUCAUUGAGAACACCAAUAUCACAGUUUGUGCUUUCCAUUACGAGUCCCAAAAUUCAACCAUCCCCAUAGGGCUGGGCCUAACCAAGAAUAUACUGGGUUUCCUAUUUCCUUUUCUGAUCAUUCUUACAAGUUAUACUCUCAUUUGGAAGGCCUUGAAGAAGGCUUAUGAAAUUCAGAAGAACAAGCCAAGAAACGAUGAUAUUUUCAAGAUAAUUUUGGCAAUUGUGCUUUUCUUUUUCUUUUCCUGGGUUCCCCAUCAAAUAUUCACUUUCCUGGAUGUUCUGAUUCAGCUGGGCAUCAUACAUGACUGUAAAAUCACAGAUAUUGUUGACACCGCCAUGCCCAUCACUAUUUGCAUAGCUUAUUUUAACAAUUGCCUUAAUCCUCUCUUCUAUGGCUUUCUUGGGAAAAAAUUUAAAAAAUAUUUUCUCCAGCUUCUGAAGUACAUCCCCCCAAAGGCCAAAUCCCACUCAAGUUUAUCAACAAAAAUGAGCACGCUUUCUUACCGCCCCUCGGAUAAUGGAAACUCAUCCACCAAGAAGCCUCCCCCAUGUGUUGAGGUUGAGUAACAUGCUUGAAACCUAUCUGUGAUGUAAUCUUGUGGGAAAAGAAGAAAGACACAUUCCUCGACAGUACUUCCCUACCAAAUAAGCAUCAGCUACUUUUCAGGAAUUUAAGAAGAAAGUGAAUUAUGUAGACUGAACUGACUUAUCCAAAGCUCUGAACAAAAGCUUUUCCUUUGCAACAAAACUAAGCAAAGCUGCAUUCGGCCACAUUUUGUAUUAGAUAGAUGAUGGCUGCUCAAAGAACAGUGUCAGGCACUGGAUGCCUGUGCCGAUUUGGGAAAAUUUUACUGGCAGGAAUGCCAUCUCCCCAGUCUAUUCUUGUUCUGCUAUUUAUAAUUUCCACCUAAAAGUAUUUAGAAUAUGUAAAACCUUUAGAGAAGCACCAGGAGGUCAAGAUUGCUCUCCCCAGUUUCCAAAGGGCAGUGAAGCUUUUGUGCCUAUUUAGCCAUUAGUAACUGUGGUCCAUUUCUACCUGCUACUGCACAUCCCAUUUUGUACAAAGGCUUGCUAAGCAGUGCUUGUCAAGUUUCAGAAACUAGUGAAAUUCCACCAGUGUCUUAUUGAUUCACACUGCCAAACAUGCCAGCUAAAUGGCUUAUUUGUAUAAUGAUCU